GGCCCGCGAGAACGCUUCGCUCCUUGCCCGCGAUGGUGCUGGUUCCGCCGCCCGGCGGGGCGUUCCUCGCCGUCCUGCGCGUCGCGCUGCCCGUCGUGCUGCUGCUGGCCCACCCCGCCCUGCCGCAGAACGCCCAGAACGCCCCGGGCGCCCAGAACGCCUUCCGCGCCGAGCUGUUCCCCGAGCAGCUGGAGCAGCAGCAACUGAACCUGCAGACCCAGGCCGUGCAGCAGCGCCUGCAGGACAUGCAGCGACUCCUGCAGUUCGCCCCCGACGCGCAGCAGAAGGCGAACCUCGCCCGCCAGCAGAGCGACCUGCUGCAGCAGCUCCAGGACGUGCAGCAGAGGCAGCUGCAGUUGCAGGCCCAGCUCCAGGAGCAGGUCGUCCGGGGGCAACAGCCGGUGCAGGUCCAGGUGCUGGAGAACAGACUGGACGCCCAGCCCCAGUUCCAGCAGCCCCAGCAGCAGUUCCGGCAACCCCAGCGGCCGCAACAACGGCCCAGGCGCCCGCAGGUCGUCGUCCGCCAGCCACCGCCGCCACCACCGCCUCCGCAGCAGCAGCAGCAGCAGCCGCCGCCGCCGCAGCCGGAGCCCGUGACGUUCCCCGGCAGCGACGAGGAGAGCGGCGUGCCGUGCAGCACGCUGAGCGGGCGCGCGGGGACGUGCCGCCUGCUCGUCAAGUGCGUCACCUUCUUCGCGCAGAUCCCCGAGCUGCGCAAGCAGCCCUGCGCCCUGGACAACCAGGGCAACCAGGGCGUCUGCUGCCCGGCGUCCGACAAGAACCCGCCCGCCAACAGGGGCAACAACGGCGUGCUGAAGCCGCCGCCGCCGCCGCCAGUGGAGGUGCCGCCGCUGACGCCGCAGCAGCUCAACACGGCGGCCGACCAGGGCCUGCAGCGCGUGCGCGAGCGCCAGGAGCUGGAACAGCAGCUCGUCAACAUCAACCGCGUGCUGCAGCCCGACACGGCGGCCCAGCGCCACCUCGAGCUCUUCCCCACCUCCAACGACACCCUCAACAACGGCAAGCAGGCGCAGUCCUCCGUCGAGGCCUCGCUCGACCUGCUCAACGAGUUCCGGCUCAGCAAGGACCAGGGCACGUUCGCGCUGCCGCAGUUCUCGGUGCUCAACACGGUCAUCGCGGACCUGUGCCCGAAGCGGCUGCCGUGCCGCGUGGGCAAGUACCGCACGGCGGACGGCACGUGCAACAACGUGGUCAACUCGCGCUGGGGCUCCACGGGCUCGGCGCUGCAGCGCCUGCUGCCCCCCAAGUACGGCGACGGCGUCAACUCGCCGCGCGCGCAGGCCAACGGCGCGCCCCUGCCCAGCGCCAGGCUGGUGAGCAACCGCCUGGCGCAGGAGUCGGACCGGCCCUCCGACAACGUCACCCUCAUCCUCAUGCAGUGGGGGCAGUUCCUGGACCACGACCUCACGCACACGCCCAUCUCCAGAGGCCAGAACGGCGUAGGCAUCUCGUGCUGCCAGGACGGCCAGGUCUCGGACCCGCGCGUGUCGCACCCCGACUGCUUCGCCAUCCCCAUCCCGCGCGACGACCGCUUCCUCGCGCCCUUCGGCGAGCGCUGCAUGGAGUUCGUGCGGUCGCUGCCCGCGCCGCGGCCCGAGUGCAACUUCGGCCCCCGCGAGCAGAUGAACCAGAUCACGGGCUACAUGGACGGCUCCAACAUCUACGGCUCGGACGCCAACAAGCAGCAGCAGCUGCGCCUGUUCCGCGGCGGCCGCCUGCGCGAGCAGAACGUGCGCGGCCGCUCCAUGCUCCCCGCCAACCCCAACGAGUGCCAGGACACGAGCGGCGCCGCCUGCUUCGUGUCGGGCGACGGGCGCGUCAACGAGCAGCCCGACCUCGCCCUCAUGCACACCGUGUGGCUGCGCGAGCACAACAGGGUGGCCAACCAGCUGCAGGCGCUGCACCCGCAGUGGACGGACGAGGAGGUGUUCCAGGAGGCGCGACGCAUCGUGGUGGCCGAGAUGCAGCACAUCACCUACAACGAGUUCCUGCCCAUCGUGCUGGGCAAGCCCUACAUGGACCGCGCCGAGAUGUCCCCCAAGGACUCGGGCUACACCGCCCUCUACGACCGCGAGCUCAACGGGGGCAUCACCAACGCCUUCGCCACGGCCGCCUUCCGCUUCGGACACACGCUGCUCGUCAGCAACCUGCAGGGCGUCGGUCGCUUCGGCAACGUCCGGAAGAACUUCCCGCUCAGCAAGUCUGCCUUCAAGCCCUUCAUGCUCUACGAGGAGGAGGGCAUCGACGACAUGGUGCGCGGCCUCACCACGCAGAGCUCGCAGAAGUUCGACCGCUUCUUCACCAAGGAGGUGACGAACCACCUCUUCCAGAACGACCUGCCCUUCGGCCUGGACCUGGUGGCGCUGAACCUGCAGCGCGGCCGCGACCACGGCCUGCCGGGCUACACCGAGUGGCGGCAGGUGUGCGGACUGCGCCGGCCGCGCUCCUGGGAGGACCUGCAGGGCAUCAUGGAGCCCGACAGCGUCGCCGUGCUGCAGUCGCUGUACCCGUCCGUGGACGAGGUGGACCUGUUCGCGGCCGGCGUGUCCGAGAAGGCCGCCCCCGGCGCGCUGCUCGGCCCCACGUUCACGUGCAUCGUCGGCGACCAGUUCGGCCGGCUGCGGCGCGGCGACCGCUUCUUCUACGAGGAGGGCAACCAGCCGUCGUCCUUCAAGCCGGAGCAGCUGCAGCAGAUCAGGAAGGCCAGCCUGGCGCGUAUCCUGUGCGACAACUCGGACAACAUCGCCCUCAUGCAGCCCCUCGCCUUCUUCCACGCCUCCUUCGUGAACCAGCGAGUGGCCUGCAGCAGCGACACCAUCCCCAAGGUGGACAUCCGCGCCUGGGCCAACGAGCGUCCCAGCAACUUCUAGGCCUUCUAGGCCUUCUAGGCCGGCCGCGCACAACAGCGCUCCCCGACAACCAAUGUGAUAAACUAAUGAAUAACUAUUCGUACUGUAAGGCUUUCUGCUGGAAUAAAAUCGCGACUGAAACGGA